CAAUUUUCCUCGGGCCCGACACAAGUAGACAAGCCACGAGUCCAAUGGAAGACCGACAACCAAGGAGCCGACAACUUAACAAUCAUCGAUCGAAAUGCAAACUUCUAGAAGCAAUACCUAUCUUUCUAGUACACUUAUCACCUCCAAUCACUCAGCCGGUAGUAUUGCCGAUUCGCUCUCGGUUCUCCCUCUUCCGGACUUCAUUCCAACGCUGUGAAUAUAUACAUCCGGUGUCCAUUUUUGAAGGGGUACAGAUCAAAUUCAACACUCUCACUCUUAUGAGUCCGGCUUGUCCAACUCCAGGAUAAUCAACUACAAAGCCAGCGCUGUUAUAUAGGACUUCCCGGUCCGCAAUGUCUCCAAUCGCCUUGAAGGAGUUACAAACAACAGUUAUUGGUGUCGACUAUAAUAUACAAGCAAAAUCGGAGACUGUCGCAUCAUCCACGCUUCUUGAUUAACCCCUUCCUAUCACGCUCUUGACAUACAUAACAGCUGAGAGAAGAUGGGGUCAGACUCUCCGAAAGCCUAUGAGAUGGAGGACUAUGAUCCGAAGGUGGCGGGGUCUGUCGACCAGACAGAGAUCCAUAUCAAUGAGACGGGAGAAGGAGAUAUCAUGAGAGCUAGGGUGCUUGACUCAGUCAAUCAUCGGAAACUCAAUGCUCGACAGAUCCAACUUUCAUCCAUAGCAGGAGCUAUCGGUGCCGCUUUAUUUGUGGCUAUCGGCUCAGGUGUCACUGCGGGACCUGUUGCUCUGUUGAUAGGCUUUAUCUUUUGGGCCACAGUUGUUUACUCUAUUGCUCAAUGUCAACUGGAAAUUGUCUCCUUAUUUCCACUCGACGGAUCUUUCAUUCGUCUUGCUGGCCGGAUGGUUGACCCGGCUUUGGGCACCAUGGUCGGCUACAACCACUUUUUUGCUCAAACAUCAUUCGUCAUCUUCGAAGCUACAGUAGUAAACACGCUCGUAUCCUACUGGGGCUACUCCGAGUCACCCGCCAUCCUCAUAUCGGUCUCUCUCCUUCUCUAUCUGGCAAUCAACGUAUAUCGUGCGGACCUAUUCGGCGAAGCUGAAUUCUGGCUUGCUCUUGGUAAGGUUCUACUCGCUAUAGGCCUGAUCUUGUACACAUUAAUCACCAUGGUUGGCGGAAACCCCUUGAAAGACCGUUUCGGCUUUAGAUACUGGAAAGACCCUGGUCCUUGGGCUGGUGACUCCCCUUCCACACGCCUCGAAUCAUUCAUCAAUGCUGUCAAUACUGCUGGCUUCUGUAUAGGCGGGCCCGAGUAUAUUUCGAUGAUUGCUGGUGAAGCGACCGACCCUCGGAAGACGGUGCCUAGAGCUUUCAAGACGAUCAUGGCUCGAUUGGUUGUUUUUUUUAUUGGGGGUGCUCUUUGUGUGGGUAUUCUUGUGCCUUAUAAUGAUCCGACACUUGUGGCAGGUGACGGCACUUAUGCUGGUGGAUCACCUUAUGUGAUUUCCAUGAACCGACUUAAAAUACCCGUCUUGCCCUCCAUCGUCACGGCCGCCCUGCUAACAUGUAUCGUCUCCGGUGGUAACGCCUACACCUUUAACGCCUCUCGAAGCUUGCACGCUUUGGCGCUAGAUGGUAAGGCUCCUGCUGUACUUCGUCGACUCAAUAAAAAGGGUGUGCCUUACCUAGCAGUCAUUGUGGUGAUGCUUUUCUCUUGUUUGGCCUACCUCGCUCUAGGAUCCACUAGUGCGAAGGUUCUCAAUUGGAUCUUAAACUUUUGCACGGCUGCUACUAUGCUCAAUUGGUGUGUCAUGGCAUUCACCUAUGUCCGCUUCUACAGCGCCAUGAAAGUUCAGAACAUUGAUCGAAAAGAAUUUCUUCCGGUCUACUCCAAAUUCCAGCCUUUUGCGGGAUACUGGGCUCUGUGCUGGGCUUGUCUCUUCAUUUGGCUCCAAGGAUAUUCAGUGUUUUUGAAAGGGAAUUGGAAUGUUGCCACAUUUAUUUUCAACUAUGGUAUCAUUGCUUUGGCUGGGGCGAUCGGAUUGUUUUUCAAAAUAUACGAACGGACGCCUUUCCAUAAGAGUAAAGAUGUGGAUCUUCAUAGUGACCUUGACUUCUUUGAUGCUCUCAACCAGUACUAUCAACAAAAGAAGGACGAUUCGCCGCCAGCGAACGUCAAGGAUAAGAUCAUGGCCAAGCUGUUUUAAUGCGAUUGAAAUACGACGGCGUGUGCGUGAUGGACGUCUGAACAGUGCUACUAAAGGAAAAGUUGGGUAGAGUAAUAAUAUUUUGAGGAUUAGCAGGUUGUACGUCAGAAAAUGUUGUCGUUGACGUCUGUGUUUCUAGUUACAUAACGAGUUGUAGAACUCUUGUGAUCUUUAUUUGCUAAGCCAUUGCGCGCACUUGCAUUUCUCAUUUUUCCCCCCUAUCUACUAUCACAUUUUCCCAUACCUGCAUACUUGGCAUUUGUUGGUCUCAUUUGUUUCCUCAACUCUCCCUUUCUGUUUCCUUCACUAUACUACUUCCACAUCUCCCCUUCAUUAUCACUUUUGUGC